AUGCUGGCCCUGAGAAACGUAAAAAAAAUGUUUGCUGUUUUUGACGAGUCAGGGAUUUCUAUUGCAGUGUGUUGGCACUGUUUUGUGCUUCUGGCUUGCGAUAUGGUUCAAAGGCAAUACCCAUUGGCUCUUCUCAAUCAUUUGAUGUCUGUCUUAGGUAAAAAUGGCGGUUGCACUUAUGAUAUCGGGUGUGCUUUUGCAAAGACUCUGGCAAACAGCAGUUUGGGAUCCUGUGCCAUCAGCCUCAAUUUGCAGAUGAUGGUAGGUGCUUUCCAUGGGCAUGCUCAUAACCGACACUGCCAAUUGGACUGGCACCUGAUGUAUAUUGACAGCACUGGUCAUAAGGAGGGCAAGGGGUGUGAACAUGUGUUCGCUGUAGAAAAUACAACUUAG